ACAUACAGAGAGCAUGAACAGGUGGGAGUUGUCUUACCAACUCUGAGAGGCCAAUUAAGUAAGAGAAAAAAACUUUUGAAGUGAUAAUCAAGAUAGCCCAGUACAGACAGUUUGAUAAGAAGUAUGAGAAUAUUUACAAGGGGAGAUAAAUUCAAUGUUUGUAAUGGUUCAGCCAUUCCCAGUCCUUAUUCAAUCCUGAGUUGAUUGUAUCUAGUUUGCAUAUCAAUUCCAGCUCAGCAGUCUCUCGUUGGAGUCUGUUUUUGAAGUUUUAGAAGGAAGGUAAUAUGGAUGGUGAGUGAUCAGCUGUUGUGCCUUGCACAGGCUGUGCCAUGUUUGUCUUUCUUCCACAGGACAGAAGCAACUUUGUCUGUACAAAGUGCAAGCAGGUCUCCAUAUUGGAAGAGAAGGUUCAAGGACUGGAGAAACAAGUAUCAACCCUGCGUUGCAUAAGAGAAAAUGAAGAUUUCCUGGACAGAUGUCAGGAUAUGUUUCUGCGAGCACAACAUUCUGAAGAAUCAGAGCAGGUUGUGCAGUGGGGACAGAAAGACGGUGAGGAAAAUUGGCAGCAUGUGACCUCCAGAAAAAGAAAGAGGAGUGUCCAUGUACCAGCAAUGCAGAUACAGGAAUCCCAAACACUACAAGACAUCGUGGAGCAACCAGCAGAUACAUCAGCCAUCAGUAUAUUGAAGAAUCAUUACCCUAAAAUAACUGUAACCUUAAAAAAAAUGUUCCCAGCAUCAGGAGAGAGGAAAAGCCCUGAUCUGAAAGAUGGAAAAAUGCAGCUAAUACCACGAGAUCAGGAAGGGAUGUCUGGGAGUCCUGUUAAAACAAUAGGAAGUGAGCUCAGAAAAUCAAAAGAGAGAACAGAAAUGUCUCAGAGCUCCGCGAUAACCUUAAAAAAAAUAUUCCCAGCAUCAGGAGAGAGGAAAAGCCCUGAAAAGAAGAUGGAAGCCCAGUUCAAUUUAUUGAAUGAGAAAUUAGGAAGUGUCCAAAAGCACUUAGAAGUCCAGCUUCAAAAUCCACUCCUCGUUCUGGAAGCACAGAUUAUACAACUGAGAAAUCAGUUGUCCUCCAUUGAUGAAAAAGUUUCCCAGGAAGGAGAAAAAAAGCUCAAAACUAUAGAGUGCAUGCGGUUUGCCAACAGAGAUGAGCUGAAGGUGCAGGAAUGGAGAUAUCUCCCGGAGAAGAAGGAAAUCAGUCAUUUGGAAAAGAAAUUAGAACAGCUAAUGAAUACAGGUAAGAGAGGACAAAUCAGGCUGCACUUGCAUCAGUCAUACACAAGCCCUCUCUGUCUAUGAGAAGAAAACCUUCCUGGAAUCUUACUGGAAUUCAAUUUAAUUAGGGGUGGAUUGAAAAAAAAAGAAGCUUCUAGCCAGUUUUGACAGUUUUCCAAGUAUAAAGACAACCUGAAUGUUCCUUCCUUCCUUUGUGUAUAACUCAGUGGCACAAACAUUGUUAAUGCAGAGGUACGGUUACUCAGCGGUAUGUCAUUCCCUUG